AUGGCCACGCCCAAUAUACUCUUCCAAGUGACUUGUGCGCGAGUGCACCCUUGCAAACUUAAAGGGCUCUGUAGGGUACUGGAUUUGCUUGGAAAUCCAGCUGAACCACGGUUGUACUUCGUUGUACCGCCCGAUAUAUUCGAUGAUUUCAGAUAUCAGACCUACCAGCGUAACGAGAGGAAGAAACAGAAGGAUGAGGACAACAUUGUGGAGAAGCUGGAGCAAUUUGUAAUGGAAGUCAGCUACGCUCACGAGAUUCCUCGCAUAAAGGAAGCGGAAGGUGAAGACCCCAUGAAGAAGAAGGCGAAGAAAGUUGAGGACAACGUCACACGUGAAAAAUGCGGACUUGUCAGUGAGUGA